AAAGAAGAAAUGGCCGGUUCUCAGGCACUGCUGACAUUCAGGGAUGUGGCCAUAGAGUUCUCCCAGGAGGAGUGGGGAUGCCUGACCCACACUCAGCGGGAACUGUACAGGGAUGUGAUGUUAGAGAACUACGGACACCUCCUCUUCCUGGGUCUCAUUGCGUCAAAGCCAGACCUGAUCAUCUUUUUGGAGCAGGAGGAGCAGUUCUGGGUUGUGAAGAGAAAGGAGACAGUGACCUUCCAUCCAGGUAGGUGGGAAUGGAUGAGGCAGAUGACAGGGCAGAGAUUCUAUGAUAGGAAGAAACCUUACAAGUGUAUAAAAUGUGGCAAAGCCUUUAACUACCACUUGAAAGUUACCAAGCUAAGACCCGAUCGGCUCUCUUAUGAUGGGGAAUUCAGUCAUACCUCCCUUAACAUGGAAAAUUAA